CGUAUCGUCGCGCCGUGUCGUCCUCGCCAAGCAAGAGCCGCAGGCCGCAGCAACCCCCGCGGAGAAGAGACUCCCUGCCUGCGGAAAAGCGAAGGGGUGGUGGCGUCGGCGCUACUCCGCGGCCCAGAGACUGGAAGCCCUGGACGCAGCAACAGCGCCGCGGCGGCCGGACUUGGAACUACGCGUCCUUUGGCGUUGGCGUGCCUUUGACGACUUGGCCUGCCCCUGCCGUUGCCGUUUCCACCCUUCCGUCCCGACCCCCGUCAGCUGUGCCAGCCUGGGGCUGGAUUCGGGUCCUCGCCAGCAGGAACAGGACCCGCAGGACCUGCACAACGUUUCGCGAGGAAUGGCGAUCGUCUCAGUCCACUCGGACUAACUGCGUCGUCGGAGAAGCAGUCCCGCCGAGGCAGUGAACCAGAACGAGGGGCGCAGGACUCACGUCGCGACCCGACCGCCGAGGCGACCGCCCACCCCAACGGGACACCUGUCAACCCCAGUCUGCCAGCCAGCCAGCCACCAUGUCUAAGUACCAGUCCAACGUGGACAUGGUGAGCAAGGAGGACUUGCUGUCGGACGUCGGCAUGAAGAGGCGGUCCAAGUACUUCAUGUUCACCCUCACGACCCUCAGCACCCUCGGAGGCUUCCUCUUUGGAUAUGACACAGGAGUGGUGUCUGGCGCCAUGCUGCUCAUUAACAAAGACUUUGAUGUGUCGCCUGUGUGGCACGAAUUGAUAGUAUCUUCCACUAUUGGUGCGGCCCUUGUUUUCUCCCUUGUUGGCGGCUGGUUCUCAGAUCGCUAUGGUAGGAGGACCGCAAUUCUUGUCUCUGGUGUUAUAUUCACUCUUGGAGGAAUCGUGAUGGGAGCUGCUCCAAGCAAAGAAGUACUACUGGUCGGACGAAUUAUUAUUGGAAUUGGUGUUGGUUUCGAGAGCAUGAGCGUGCCAGUUUACAUAGCAGAAUGCUCAGAAUCGUCUCAACGAGGCAUGCUUGUAACAGCCUAUCAGCUGUUCAUCACGUUUGGCUUGGUUGCUGCAAGUGUUGUUGCGGGUUUAUUUUCAACUGCAUUUGAAGGCUGGAGGUACAUGUUAGGACUUGCUGCUGUUCCUUCAUUAGUCCAAUUCAUCGGAUUCUGCCUCAUGCCAGAAAGCCCUCGUUGGCUAGCUUCACAAAAAAAAUAUGCUGAAGCAGUCAAAGUUCUUACAACUUUUCGGGGAUCAACAUCAGUGGCUGAGCAGGAGUUGUCUGCUAUCAGAGCAACUAUUGAAGAAAAGGACCGUGAAAUGGAGGAACAAAUUGCUCUCAAUGGAGGUAGCUCUCUUUUCAUGCAAGUAUUUAAGUCACCAGGCGUGCGACGUGCACUGCUGAUCGGUUUCUGCCUUCAAGCUUUUCAACAGCUCUCAGGAAUCAACACUGUCAUGUACUACAGUGCUUCUAUUAUUCGAAUGUCUGGUGUGCGUGACGAGUCACUGGCCAUUUGGAUUUCUGCUGGUGUUGCUGCAGUGAACUGUGGAGCUACUUUCAUUGGUUUGUUCCUUGUGGAUCGUGUUGGACGCCGAAAGCUUGUUCUUCUCUCAUAUAUUGGAGUGAUUGUGUCACUGGCACUCUUAGGAAUUGGGUUCCAUAUGAUGGAAGCUGAUUCUCCUCUCGUUACAUCUGUGAUUCAAGAUGACAAAUGCGGUGUCACCAGGACUUGUGGAGAGUGCAUUAGUGUACCAGAGGGGUGUGGCUUCUGCUUUGUUAAAUCUCAAAAUGGUACAAUUUUGGAAGGAUCUUGCUGGAAAAUGGACCCUGACACUUCGAGGCCACUGGACGGACAGUGCUCCGACAAUAUUGAUCUCAUGACUAAGUACCCUGCCAAUAUUGAUUGGGCCAAUGGAUGGUGUCCAUCUCAGUACUACUGGUUGCCCAUUUUAGCCAUGACUGUGUACCUUGUCUCCUUUGCUCCUGGAAUGGGCCCUAUGCCUUGGACCAUCAACUCUGAAAUCUAUCCGCUGUGGGCUCGUGGAUUCUGCACUAGUAUCACAACCAGUGCCAGCUGGUUCGGCAACUUGAUUAUCUCUGCGUCAUUCCUGUCCCUCCUAGAAGCUUUGGGGAAAGAAGGUGCCUUUUUCCUGUAUGUCGGUAUUGCCUUGGUGGGUUUCACCAUCCUGUUCUCACUCUUGCCGGAGACUAAAGGCCGCACCUUGGAGGAAAUGGAGAGCCUGUUCCUUGGUCCCUGGUUCGUUUGCUGCCGAGGCCGUCGAAGCGGCAGCCACCUGGGCUCCAACAAUGUUCAGUAUGUACACAUUCGAGGCUUGAACCGAGCCUCGCCGAGAUCAUCUACUCGUCCUGGGGAGCAGGGUGUCGGUGGCUAUAACAGCGAUGAUAGUGACAACUAAAUCACUGCUGUUGUAUUGUAUUUGCUUCUGGCUUUGAAUGUUAUAAAGCACAUUAGCAAUAAUGCAUUCCAGUUUGUUUCACUCUUCUAUUGUUUGAUGUUGAAAUCACAAUUCAAAAUUUCUCAAAUUGUGCUUUAAAGUUUAUUUUGUGUUUUUUUUUUUUUGUUUUUUUUUUUUGGUAUCUAGUAGUUGAUGACAACAUUAAUAUUACUAGUUAAAAUAAGGCUACUAACAUGACGGUAAUCGUUUUCGUAUUCCAAUCUUGCACUUUGCUUCACAAUUCAAAUUCUGUUUUGUAAUUUGUAAACCUUAUUUGCUCACAUUUUUCUAAAUCUGACCAAUUUGUUUUGUGUGUCUUCAUAAUGGUACAUGCAAUUUUUUAAACUGUCAGAUAGUAGUAUAAUCUUACCCUGACUAUGCCUUAAUUGUUACUGUAGAAAGUAGCUAUUGCACACCUCAGAAUUGAAUUAGAUGUCUUCAUAGUUUAAAACCAAAAAAGAGGGGAUGAAAAGUAAUUGUAAUUCUUUUAGUCUAGAAGUAAGUCCUUGCCACUAGAGGGGAGGUUGCCAAAUCUAAUAGUGAUUCAGGUUUGGUUUAGUUUUCGAUCUUUGCGACAAGGUGUUGAGUCGGUCCUACCAAAUUCUGAAUCAUCUUGCUUGGAACAAUGUCUUUAUUCAAUCCUGAGGAGUUUUGUUUGACUGACUUUGGAGAUCUAUUACACAUAUGUUUUUACUGCUCUUCCUGAAAAAGGUCCAGUGUGUGCUAAAACAAUUUGUAUGUGAAUUUAUAUGUACGUAGAUUUUUUUACCACAAUAUUUAAUUGUGGUGGCUCUCUCAGAGUGUCGCCCCCGUGUCCUCUUUGUGCCAUUUUUCUAGAAAUGCGACAUUUUUAUUGCUAUUUUAUUUUGUAAAAGCCAUUUUUAGGAGGAAAAGUGGUCCACUUAUUCAACUAGGUAUGAUACCUUGCAUUAAAACGAUUGCAAGGUGUCACAUUAUGUAGAUCCUUAUUGAGCUGUCUUGCCUGUGUACCUGUUGUUAAGGCUAAUUGUGGCUUUAGCAUUUUAAGACGAAUUUUUUUUUUAAAGUAAUCAAAAGAUUUGUUGAAAUUAGACAUUUGUACUGGGUUCUCAAAAUUUAUUAAGUACUGUAUUAGAACUUUAUUUCAAAGUGUGGGGAGUUCUGACUGACUGACUGUGUGUCCCUCCAUCCUUUUAUGGUAUAGUUAAUCGCUUUAUGUGUUUUUAAGCAAAAAUGCUCCAAAGAGCUUACAAUUAAAAGUGUUAUUCAACAAUUGUAGGUGCUGGUCCCCCAGGAAUUCAGCAUAUUUCAAAUAGACCAGUUCAAAAGAGACUGGAUGAUAUACAGUAGGUAUAUUGUGCCUCAAGUCCUCAUAAAAUAUUAUAACAAAGAUAUCAAUGCACCAUUUGCUGUCAUAUCAAACAUAGUGCAACUAUUUUCAAAACUUUCUGCAAAGCUUUUUAUUGUGAAAAAUUAAUGUUUUCACUCUUCAGAUAGUAUAUUUUGCUAUGUGCUACUCCAUGUACAUAUUGUUAAAUUUAUUACUGUUGUGUUUCAAAGGCAUGGACCAAAUGUAAGUUAAAAUUUGCGUCCUUUUUUUAUCAACUGUUGUGUUUUCAGAACAUUUUUAGUUACUGUUUUGUGUUGUAAUGGGUUUUUGUUGAUCUCAUUUAUUUUCAAGCCUUGUUAGAGUGUUAGUCAUUUAGUUUUUGUUAAAUAACUGAAAUGUUUUGUUUACAAUGUGAUAUGUCCCUUCAAUUUUUAUAGAUGUCUUUAUGACACCUGUUCAAUAUGUAGCAUGUUAGAUUUUUGCUAGUCUACUAAUUCCAACCAUGCUUUCCUUACGCUUAUGCCUGUGUGUACAUGUUCCUUCUUGUCCAUUAAACGCUUUGUGUUGA